AAACUACCUCAACUAAACCAAAGAAACAUGUCCAGAGUUCGGCCAGACAGCAACGUCCGCAGAUGCCUGUUCCCAAGAUCUGAUACAGAAGAACAAGCCAAAGUCGACAACUUCAACAACAUCCUACAAGAAGCGAUAGCCAGAGAAAUAGAGGAGAAAUCCAAAAAAUACGGCUUCGAUUUCAAACGGGACCGACCCUUAGACACUUCGUACAAAUGGCUUAAGAAUAAGGACAGCAAUUUGAGGUACGAUUGGAUAGGAGAGAAGAUUAAGGUAACUGAGGGAGAAACUAAAGAAAAUGAAAAGGUAGCCGUUCAGAGUCAGAAUGAGACAACACCAGUACAAGUGAGAGAGGAAUCGGUACCGGCUAUGAGGAAGAGGAGGCGAGAUGCAGAUAAGGUUGGCAAUACGUCUGCUAAACGGAAAAUCUUCAAUUAAAACCUCGAACGCAGCCCGAAAUUCAAAAGGUUUUAAUUCUCAGAAUGCUGACAAUUUCCAAUACAGAUUUCUUGAUAAUUUGACAAUAUUUGGUAAGAAGAAUCAUACAACCUAUCAUAACGUAUUUCUUUCAUAUAUUUUUUUCAUUUGACUACGAGUAAAUGGUAAUUGGUAUUCUUCCAAGUCAGAUCAAUAUUUUUCAAGAUUUCAAUAGUUGUUAUGCUCAUCAUCAUGGAUUAAAUCAAAAAUCACCAUUAGCAUAAUCAUUUCUGUUAGUCAUCACUCUUUCUUUUUGUAUCUUUUAAAAUAUGUUUUGCAGUUGUGAAAGGGAGACGGAAACGCUUUAUAGAGCGCUGUCUCGCUCCCACAGCUGUUUUCACAACUGUAGGACGUGGUGGUAGGCUUCGAUCGAUUAUUUAAAUAUAUUAGUCCUGUAUUAAUUUCAAUUGCUUUUGUACAUGACUAGUCUGUAUUUAUGGGUUGAUAUUAACAACUCGUUGUGGAGGUGAACUUGGAGUAAAGGUACGAAAAAAGAGAUUCGACAUUUUGUUAAUGUUCUUCUAUUACAAUUUAAUAGGUCUACUACUCUACUAGCCUUAGAGUAAAAUUAAAUUACGUGGGCAUUGUUUAAAAAAAUCUUUACUAGUUAUUAUGUAGAUCCCCAAAAGUUUUUCUGAAUAAUUUAAUUGUCACUUUAAUUAAAUUUUUUGACAAAAUGUCGUUUCUCAAAAUGACAAUUUACGUACCGCAAUACGCUUAUAAAGUGCCACAAUUAAAAGUAGACUGUACAGUAAUUUUAUGUUAAAUUUAAUUUUAUGUAUUUAUUAGUUUAAAUUCUUAUUAUUUAUUUUCAAUCACACUAUCUCAAAAGACUGUGUUAUACCCGAAUACUGAAUUGCAAGUUUAUGAUCUGCCGGCCGGUUGUGGGAGCGAGAUAGUGCUCUACAUGGCGAAAAGUGCAGUCUCUUUUCCACAAUUGCGAUAAUUUUACUGUAAAAGGUGAUCGUCUGAAAUAUCUGUUCGUCUCAACUUUCCACCUUGAAGUGAUAGAGACAGCAUGAGACGAGGUCACGAGAAAAGAGGUUAUAAAAUUUUCAGUAUUCGGUUUUAAGUACUUUAUAGUUUACCUAAUUUAAUUUAUUUGUAAAUAUUGGAUCUUAUUGCUUUUUCCACUACUAUCAUCACUCACGCUGUUAAGUUCACAUUCUAAUAUUUUGGAUUUAAAAUUAAUUUAUGUAAGAAUUUUUCUUACUAGGAUAUUCGUCUUAUAUUUUGGUAGGGGGUCACUAUUCCACUAGGCCAAGAGCCCAAGACUUCAGUUACCAGAAAAAUUAAAAAAGUUAGCGUUGUACUUUAACGAAAUUCAACCACAUUUAUAUAUGUAUAUUUAUGUUACCUUCUACUUGCGCAAGUAAUCACAAUCGCCGAACUAUAUAUUCGCUUGUCGAAUUUCCCUUUGUAGUGAAAAAUACACACAUGAAACUUUCGGCUAUAGACAUAUGAAUAAUGACGUAACAUAACGAGGGUCUGGCCGUUCUGUGCUCUUGGUCUAUACGAGUAUUUGUAUUACGACAUCGCACUUCCACAAUAGCCUUCUUUUGAGGUGUUGGCUACCAAACCUAGGACUUUCUUUUUAGUGUUUUAAAAUGUUUUUUUUAUGGACGAAUGUGAUCACCGAUAAUUUUAAAAUGUAUACUCCUGGCCUUAUAGUGAGACUUGUUUAGUUGCUGUGCGAGAUUAUAUAUAGAUUAGAUAAUCUUCACAUAUGUAAUUUGUUCGCGUGUGUGUCCCCCGGAACGCCUCCUAAACGGCUGAACCAAUUUUAAUGUAUUUUUUGUAUGAGUUUGGGUGGCGUUAUAUGUUUUAGAAUUGAUAAAGUGAAAAGCAUUUUUUAAGGGCUCGCACAGCUAUAGUAUAACUUUUAGGUUAAACCCGUAGUCGUAAAAAGCAUUAACAAAAUUCUUAUAAAUAUGUAUCUAUUAAAAUUUGAAUACUCAACGUAUUAACUAUUGAUCUCGGAAUCAAAUAGAUUUGCUUAUUCAUUAACAUACCGUUUAUCAUGUAAUUAAAUCACGUUUCAAAACUUUCGUUAUAAAAAAAUAUAAAAAAAAUCAUUAGAUACAAUAUCAUACGAUCAACAAUAUUAAUAUUAACAUAUGGGACAAAUAUUUAUUCUCUCAGAUGAAGGUUAUCAUAAGAAAUUGUCAAUCGCUUGCAACAUCACAUUAUACAUAUAUGGAAUAAUUAUUAGUCAAUCCGUUUUUAAAAGCGCUGUAAUGAAUUAUUCGGUGAACUAAUCCACUAAUUUCCUUUCUACCAGAAACCACUCCUUUCUACCAGAAAUUGAAUCUAAAUUAACUUGUCUCUGCACUAAUAGCCGAGUGAUACAAAGGCACCGUGACCGUAACUAUAGAGCGUUAGUACUGGUAUGAUAAACAAAAAAAAAA